CUUGCUCCUGGCUAAUAAUGAAAUAAAACAGCAGGGAAACAAGUAAUCGAGAAGGUCCUGCUAGAGAGAGAGAGAGAGAGAUGUCGGUGAAGUUGCAGCAGCCGGUAGGGCAAAAACGGCUGACGAACGUAGCUGUGGUUCGAUUAAAGAAGCAUGGUAUGCGUUUCGAGAUUGCUUGUUUCAAGAACAAGGUCCUCUCUUGGCGCUCUGGCGUAGAGAAAGAUUUGGAUGAAGUGUUGCAGUCCCACACAGUUUAUUCAAAUGUUUCAAAAGGAGUUCUUGCAAAGUCUUCAGAUUUGGGUAAAGCUUUUGGACACGAUGAUCAUACCAAGAUCUGCCUAGAGAUAUUGGAGAAAGGGGAGCUUCAAGUGGCUGGGAAAGAGAGGGAAUCUCAGUUGUCUAGUCAGUUUCGGGAUAUAGCAACUAUUGUUAUGCAGAAAACUAUUAAUCCCGAGACGCAACGUCCUUACACUAUCAGUAUGGUUGAGAGAUUGAUGCAUGAAAUUCACUUUGCUGUUGACCCGCAUAGCAGCUCUAAGAAGCAGGCGCUAGAUGUUAUUCGUGAGCUUCAAAAGCAUUUUCCAAUCAAACGGUCUCCAAUGAGACUUCGGCUUACUGUUAUUGGACAGAAUUUUCCUAAUCUAUUGGAAAAGCUCAAUGCCUGGGAUGCUAACGUUGUUUCUAAAGAUGAAUCUGGAAGCCAUCAAUCUGUUAUUUGUGAAAUGGACCCAGGUUUCUUCAGGGACUGUGAUGCCUUCGUGAGGAAUCUGCAGGGCAGGCUGGAAAUUCUUGCAGUGUCUGUUCAUUUUGAGGGGGACACCCAUGUAGAUGAUUUUGAUGAUUAUGAAGAUGUGACACCAGCCCUACCCAAGGACUCUGCUGAUUCUGAAGUACAACUGAGUGAGAAAAUCCAAAAACAGACCAUCUCUGAGGAGAAGAAAGCUGACACGCAGGCAAAGCAAAACAAGUGCAGCACAUGCAAUGCAUUUGUUGGGGAUGCAAAGCAGUUCAGGGAUCACUUCAAGAGUGACUGGCACAAACAUAAUUUGAAGCGCAAGACCAUGCAGCUCCCUCCGCUUACUGCAGAAGAGUGUUUGGCUGACAUGGACCUGAAUGACACCAAAGCAGAUUUAAAAGAAUACUCGUUUUGAGAUGCGACUGAUCAAUUUGCGAUUGUUGUCUGUGUGUUGCUCGAGUUAGAUUUUAAAAGUUACAAAUGGGGAUUCUUGCCCGUGAAAAAAAAAAUGCAUAAUCAGUCUGGUUUGAACCGAUUGAAUUGAGAAGAUCUGAAUUGCAUCGGGUUUGCCUGGUGAUACCUUAGGUAUGUACGCAAAAAGACCGAGUAUGUUUUUCCUCGUAUAAAAAUUAUAGAAAUUCUGACAUGGAAAUGAUACCAUACUUUCUC